AUGGAAACGAAUGAAAAUCAUAUAGAGAGAUCUAAUAUUAGAAGAGGAUCAGCCAUUUCUGAGUCUGCACUUGUAACAAUAGAAUCUUUAGCUGACCCUUCUAUUAAUACACAAGCUUGAAAAGAUGACACAAAUUGUAUUGUAUGCCAUUGUAAGUUUGGUAAAGGAAUAAAUCAAGCCUCUAAAUAUUUUUGCAAAUUUUGCUUUAGAGGAGUUUGUGCUAAUUGCUCUGAAAAUAGGUUUCCAAUUGUGGGGUUAAAAGAUCCCCAAAGAUGCUGUGAUAAUUGCUAUGAAAAUCAGUCCAAAAGUAAUGAUGGCGGAAUUUUAGAUAGGAGGAGUUAUUCGCUUCAUUCGAAUCCUAAUGAUUCUUUAAAAGAAAAAAUCAAAACUGUCGCGCUGCUUGCAUAUGAAGAAAGGAAUAAGCGAAAAGAAAUAGGAAAUAAAAUUAAAAUUUUAGAGGAAAAUAUAAAAGAAGCAGAAACAGAAAUUAAUGAAUUGAAAAAUAAUAAAAAUAUAAAAAGAAAAGAAAAUUUUGAGAGAAAAAUUGACGACCUAAUGCAUGAAAAUGAGUUUCUGAAAAAUGAGAAAAAUACGUUAAAAGAAGACUUAUCAGAAAAAGAUGAAAAAAUCGCAAAACUUCAAAGGACUAUUAGAAAUUUAGAACAAGAAGGCCAAGAAAAAGAUAUAUUAAACAAGAAAUUAGAAGAAAAAAAUAAAGAAUUAAAACAGUGAUUAAAAAAGCUUGAAAAUGAAAGAAUCGCUGAUACACAGCAGAUCAUGGAUGGUCUGCAAAUUUUGAAACUCCAGCUGGAGGAAGAACAAAAACAAAAUAAAAAAUUAAUUGAUGCUUUGCAAAAUAAAGAAAAAGAAGAAAAGGAAUUUUUGAAAGUAAAAGAAAUUGAAAAAAUAAAUGCACAAAGAGAAAAGAUGAUUAAAAGCACUGUUAAUCUUAGUGUUUGUGAGAGUCCUGAUGAAAUAAUUAAGGAGGAUAAGUGUAAAUGCCAAAUUUUUUAA